UAAAAGAAGGAGAUGAGCAUAGUCUUCUUUAUUCUUUUUUGACUUAUUGACAGAUUGUCCCGAUGUCGGGCCAGAAUCAUGUCCGGUACGCCUAUGUAUUGCCAUGGUAUUACCCUGUUCGAACACAUGGUACGCGGAACAUAUUAGAUAUUUGAACGCACGCCAUUACGACAUUUACGACGCCAAUGAAUCAGUCAGUCCAGACGCGAUUUAUUAUGCAUUUUAUGCUUUCACUAAUUGCCAAAUUUGACAUUUAAAUAAAUACUCAUUUUAUUUUACGAUUCUACCUAGAAAUUUUAUUGCACAGCUUUUGGAGCAAUUAACCGUCUUUGAAUAUAUUUUGUAUGGAUUUGAAACAAUAUCCUACUUGAACAAAGAUUCUACCUCUGUUUACUUGAGGUAUACGUUAAGUGAACCAACAUACAUAGUUGACGAUGGAGUCAUCAGCGUUACAGUUACAGGGCACGGAGAGUGUUUGCGUGAAGGCUGAGCCUUGUGAGGAUGCGUGUAUAACGAAUGAACCCACGUUUGGGGGUGUGUCUGUUAAAUCUGAGCUUUUACUGGAUGCUGUUUUUGUAAAAGACGAGCCCAGGUGGGAGAACAUUACUAUAAAAGCCGAGCCUUUACUGGUUGAUGCUGUGUUUGUAAAAGACGAGCUCGGUAGCGAGCGUGUGUCUAUAAAAGCCGAGCCUUUAGUGGAUGCUGUUUUUACAAAACACGAGCUCAGGUGCAACAGUGUGCCUAUAAAAGCCGAGCCUUCGUGCUCAGAUGUGACUGUAAAAGACGAGUCACUCGGCGUGAACGCGGCGGCGGAGCUGUACACCGACCACGCUGUAAAAGAUGACCUCGUGUUCGACCCCAAGCUAGUGGAGCGGCAUGGUGUGCGCCACACAACAACAGGACGAACUCCACAGAAGAGGCCAGGAAGUAGACCCGAACCUUACCAAUGUGCUCACUGUAAAUUUACAACAGCCAGAAAAACCUCUUUGAUACGUCAUGUACGGACACAUUCUGAAAACAACCUUUUCAAACAUGGCCAGUGCACUAAUGCUAGUGCAUACAAAGGCGAUUUGCAAGUUCAUGUAAGGUCACAUACUAGUGAGAAACCUUACCAAUGUGAUCAGUGUAGUUAUGCUAGCCGAACAAAAUAUAGUUUAAAUAUCCAUAUAAAGAAACACACUGGUAAAAAGCCCCACAAAUAUGAGCAGUGUAAUUAUGCCACUGCAUACAAAGAAGCUUUACAAGUUCAUAUAAGGACACAUACUGGUGAAAAGCCCUACAAAUGUGACCAGUGUAGUUAUGCCAGCAACCAAAAAGGUCAUUUGAUAGUUCAUAUAAGGGGACAUACAGGUGAAAAGCCCUACAAAUGCGACCAGUGUAGUUAUGUUAGCAACCAAAAAGGUCAUUUGAAAGCUCAUAUAAGAAAACACACUGGUGAAAAGGUAUACAAAUGUGAUCAGUGUAGUUAUGCUUAUAAUAACCGACGUUAUUUCUUAAUCCAUACAAGACAACAUACUGGUGAAAAUCUUCACAAAUGUAACCAGUGUGAUUUUGCUAGUGCAUACAAAAGAUCUUUUCAGGAUCAUGUAAGGAAACAUACUAAUGAGAAACCAUACCAGUGUGACCAGUGUAGUUAUGCUAGUGCGUACAAAGGUGCUUUGAAAGCUCAUAUGUGGUAUCACAUUGCUGACAUGCCUUACAAAUGUGACCAGUGUAGUUAUGCUAGCGGAAGUAAAAGUCUUUUGCAACAACAUAUAAGCUCACAUGGUAAAUCUUACCAGUGUGAACAGUAUAGUUAUGGCAGCAACCAUAAUAGUGGUUUGGAACAUCGUGUAAGGAAACAGGAAGUGAGGUGUUAUGUGAACAAAACACGUACGCGACGUUUGACAGUCGGCGAGACACAGGAUGUAGCAUAGCUCACAUAGGCGGUACUGAUAGAUUUAUAAAGGGGGUUUUAUAAAUUUGAUUUGAAGGUAUUGUAAAUGAUUUAUUACAUUAUUCCGGUUGUUGGUGCGCAGAAGCAAAAACAUUCCUUAGGGAAGUGGGGCGCCGCCUGCAAAAAAGGGGCUUUGCUCCGUGCUCCGGGUGAUUCCUGA